GCCAAUCAGAGAGCUCGUUGCUCCCACCGAGCCGCCUCCUCCUCCAGUCACAGAAUUACGUUCUCCGCCCCCCGAAUCUCCUCCGGCUGCAACGACGCCCAAGCUCCAGGACGAGGCUCCGCCUGCCGACCCGGUUCCACCGCCUGCUGCACCAAUCAUGGAGGAGGAGGCGGAGUCAGCUGACCUCGCUCCUGCAGCAUGCAAGGAGACGCAGGCUCCUCCUCCUCCGGGAACCAGGAAGUUAGACGAUGUGGUGGCGGAAAACGACUUCCUCAGAGAGGUGGUCUCCGAGCAGCCAAUCAGGAUGGAGGGGACGCUGGAGAUCAAACUGAAACCAGGAGGGAACAAGGGCCUGGAGCACUGGGAGGAGGUGUUCGCGGUCCUUCAGGGAGAGACGCUCAGCCUGUUCAGAGACCGGGAGGCUGCCAAGGAGAAGGCCUCCAGGUGGCCUCCUGUCAGUGUGAGCGGAGCCGUGUGCAGAGAGAACGCCUCCUACAGGAGGAAGGAGAACACCUUCAAACUCAUUCUGCAGGACGGCAGUCAGUUCCUGUUCUCAGCAUCCAGCAGAGCGCUGCAGCAGCUCUGGGUGAAGAAGCUCCAGAACAGCUCAGAACCAACGAGCAGCGACUCUGACGACUCGGGGAGAGCGUCGUCGGUCAACGUGAGUUUGGAGAAGUUGGCCGAGGCUCCGGACGACUUGGCCUCCCCCGGCAGAGCCGAGAGCCUGGAGAGGCAGUCGUCCGCUGAGGGGGGGCCUCCUCCCAAACCCCCCCACACGUACUACAACAAGCACCGCUACCCCGACGCCUCGGGGGUCCCGACCGCAACAGGUACUGAGACUCCGCCCCCUUCAGAGCCUGCUCCUCCUCCGCCCGACGCCCAGGACCCCCCCACCGCGACCCCCCAGCUACCAGAAGACGGCAGCAGCAAGUCGAGGAGUGUCUUCAGGAAGUUUUUCAUUAAGAAGUGAAGCGGAACUGAGCGUCACUUUAAUUGUUUAUUCUGGGAUGCCAAAUGGUGCGUUCAAAUGAUUUAAAGUGCUUUUUUUUAAGUGCCUCGCAGCCCAUUGAUGACGCUCUGUGAUCAAUCGCUUGAAAUUAUUUUAUUACAAUAAACUAUAUUUAUAGAGAACUUAUAAAAAAUUAAAUACCAAAAUGAAGAAUAAAAAACAUGAAAAUUAAAACCAGAAAGUAAAUUAAAUAAAUAAAACGUUUGUCUCAUUUAUAGUUUUCAGCCCAGAGACUAAAAUCAAUAAUCAAUAAGUUGAUCAAAUGAAUCCUGGAACGAAUAAAGACGAUUUUAUUUGAACAAUCUGGAGUGUGUUUUUAAUUCAUCCAAGAGAAGAAACGAUCAGAUGUUCGUUUCCGCUGGUCGAGGAGUAAACCGAUUGGAAAUUAAUAAGUUUGAUCUCCAUCUUCUUCAUGUGAAGAGUCAUCUAAAAUUUUCGACUGAAUUUUUUGGGUUUUUCAUGAAAACAAACUUGUUUAUUUAUUAAUGAGCACCGGAUCCAAAACCUCUUCAGGCUCCAUCCAGUGCGAUCAAUAAGUCGAUCGGGUACCGAUCAAGAGUCACAUCGGGGUUCAAACGCUCCAUUUUUUGGGGUGGAAAUUAAAUCCAAUUGAAGUGAUCGAGUGAGAGUCGAUGAGACGUCAUCAUUGAUGAGCACGCUCUUCGUUAUCAUGUGAUAGUUUCUGAUCGGGUAUUGAUCACCCUGAGAUCAAUGCUAACAUCGUCUUCAGGAAGAAGAACAUUUUUUAUUUUAAUGCACUGAAUGUUUUUGAUUAAAUAUUAAA